GUGAGAAGCAUUGGGUUGCUUCCGGCGGCGGCCAUAGCCAUUGCUGGCUGCCAUCUCGCCUCCUUCCUCAUGCGUACAAGCCAUCCCCACAUCGCCACCACCACCCUCACCUGACAACAACCACACUCCACAAAACCAGCCCCCUCUCCCCUCCCGUACCCCACUGCAUUCUUCAUUCUUCCCCGAUACCUCGCUUUCUUGAUCCGACGCGCCUCUAAAUUCGCUUCUUCAGCUCUCAGAUUUUCUUUCUACCACUGCGUGCUCCUGUCAAUGCUCGCCGGUUUGCUCCGUCCUGGCUGCUGAGGCGUCUCUGAGUUCCCGAUCUGCUGCAGAUUUCUCGAAAAUCCAGUGAAAAUCCGUUCUUUUUAGCUGGGUCUGAUUCGAUUCCGGCAAUGGGGAACAGCAGCAGCAGCACCGGCGGCAGCAGUAGCAAGCCCCACCGCCCGACGAGCUCGUCGGACCCGGGGCUGCCGCACGCGGCGGCGGCGGAGGACCUGAGCUCCUACGAGGCGGCGUGCCGCUACGACCCGGAGGUGCGCACCUUCGACUCCACGCUGCAGCGCCGCACCAGCCGCGCCAUCUCCACGCUGGCCGUGGGCGUGGAGGUGCGCUCCAUGUCCCUCGACUCCCUCCGCGAGGUCACCGGCUGCCUCCUCGACAUGAACCAAGAGGUGGUCCGCGUCAUCCUCGACUGCAAGAAGGACAUCUGGAAGAGCCCCGACCUCUUCGACCUCGUCGAGGACUACUUCGAGAGCAGCCUCCACACGCUCGACUUCUGCACCGCGCUCGACAAGUGCCUCAAGCGCGCCCGCGACUCCCAGCUACUCCUCCACGUUGCGCUCCAGCGCUUCGACGACGAGGAGAACACCAACGCCGGCGGCGCCGACGCCCCCACCACCGCGCGGUACGCGCGCACGCUGCACGAGCUGCGCCAGUUCAAGGCGGCCGGGGACCCCUUCACCGACGAGUUCUUCCAGGCCUUCCAGGCCGUGUACCGCCAGCAGCUGGCCAUGCUGGAGAAGCUGCAGCUGCGCAAGCACCGGCUCGACAAGAAGGUCAAGAAGAUCAAGGCGUGGCGCCGGGUGUCAAGCAUCAUCUUCGCCAGCACCUUCGCGGCGGUGCUCAUCUGCUCGGUGGUCGCCGCGGCCAUCGCUGCGCCGCCCGUCGCGGCGGCAUUGGCUGCAGCUGCCGCGAUUCCGCUGGGGUCUAUGGGGAAGUGGAUUGACUCCCUGCUGAAAGGCUACCAGGACGCUCUCCGUGGACAGAAGGAGGUGGUGAGCGCAAUGCAGGUCGGGACAUUCAUUGCCAUCAAGGAUUUGGACAGUAUCAGGGUGCUCAUCAACCGGGUGGAGAUGGAGAUCAGCUCCAUGGUCGAUUGCAUCGACUUUGCGGAGCGGGACGAGGAGGCGGUCAAGUUCGGCGUCGAGGAAAUCAAGAAGAAGCUUGAGGCAUUCAUGAAGAGUGUUGAGGAUCUAGGGGAGCAGGCAGAUCGGUGUAGCCGAGACAUCCGCCGGGCCAGGACUGUCGUGCUGCAAAGGAUCAUCCGGCACCCUAACUGACAGAAUAAUAUGAUGAAGGAAUUUGGUGAUAGCGAUGCACAUGGAAAGGUUUAUUUAGCAUGUAGCUUAGACAAGCAAGCCAAGGCAGUGAUCAGUAUCAUAAAGCAAUAAAUGGUGCACUGCGUCCAAACUUCUGUGAAGAAAUAGCCAUUAGAAACUUGAUUAUUUCCUGUUGAACUCCGGUUCUUCAUCGGCGUGACGGGCAUGGCUUUAGUUUAUUUAUUCUAAUAAAAGGAUUUUAUUUGUUAGAAAUUCAGUGUGCUC